UGAAAAUUUCAAAUGAUAUGCAAAUGCCACACCUCGGACUUUUGUCUUUGGAGCAGCAUCAUAGCAACACUGACUAACUAACAGGCUUCUUAGAGAACUGCUGAGUGGAGGAAAACAGCUGAAUGAUGUGUGCUGCUCAGAGUCAAACAACGCUGGAGUCCAAACUGGAGGCCCUGCAGUGCCACUUCACCUGGGAUCUGGACCCCAGCAAGUCCAUGCUGUUACGUUGCAAGGACAACCUGGAGGACAUCGGCCCCGAGGAGGGGAACAGCUGGCUGGGUCACAUUUACAACCUGCGGGGGUUCGUUCAGUACAAGCUGGGGUUCACCGAAGACGCCCAGAGUUUCUUCAACAAGGCUGCAGAGGCCUUCAGCAAGAUAAGAAACGCAGAUGAGGGUCCCUGGUUGGUGGUGAACUACGGGAACCUGGCGUGGCUGCACCACCACCUGGGAGACCAAGCAGAGAGUCAGGCUUACCUGUCAAAGGUCAACACCCUGAUGAAUAAAUACCCAUCUCCAUCCCAGGAUGAGCUCCAUCCAGAGAUCUACGCUGAGAAAGCCUGGACCCUGAUGAAGUUCAGCGGAGAACAAAAGAAGCAGGCUGCAGAUUACUUCCAGAGAGCCAUCAGGAUGCAGCCGGACAUGGUGGAGUGGAACAGCAGCUACGUCUUAGGGUUAGUGGGUCCUGUCAAGCACAAUGACAAAAAGGUGAAGGCUGACCUCUUGGAGAAAAUGAGAGUGGCCAAGGAACAGGAUCCAGAGAACUUGUACCUCGCUGCCCUCUACCUUAAUCAGUGUACUCAGAAAGGAGAGAGAAUUGAAGAUGAAGCACGUGAGUUGGCAAGAAAGGUUUUGAGAAAUCCUGUGAGCAGCUACAGUGGAAUUAGACCAUUACUAAAGGUUUACAGUUACUAUCUAUCUGUUGAUGAGGCCAUUGAUUUGGCAGAGGAGGCUCUGAGAACCCAUCCAGAUCAGCGUUAUCUGAAGAGAUGUGCUGCACUCUGCUACAAAUGGAAAAUCAUUUAUUUCAGGCACAUUCGUCUAAAUCCAAGCGAGAUAGACAAAGCAAUCAGUCUCCAUAAAGAGGUGAUUGCUCUCUACCCUCAUUCUUUCCUUAUAAAGAAAAUAGCUUUCGCAAAUAUAUAUGCAAAGUUAAAUUACGGCCAGGACGAAGCUGAGCAGAUAUAUCAGGAACUGCUAGAAAGAGAUCUGGAAUCUGCAGACAAACAGAUGCUCUACAACUGCUAUGCAAAUCAUUUACACCUCAAUUGUAGGGAUUACCAAAGGUCAAUACAAUAUCACAUGAAGGCUGCAGCGAUACCGCAGCCAUUCACCUUUCGUCGGUACAGCAUCAACACUCUGAAGAAGAUUAGAGACAGAGGCAGGAGCCACAUGUGUAGAGAAAUAGAGGAGUUUCUGACAAACCUGCAAGAGCCAUUAUAGUGAUUUUAAAAGCACUGGUUCUUAAUCCAGAAAUUGAUCACACAUCAGGAAAACCUGUUUCCUUCUGCUGGUCUGCUGGUCCAGAAGCAGCAACAUCUUAUUCAGAACACGUACGAUCAAAUGGUUGUUUUUGGUUUGUCACGGUUAUCGCAAAGAAAAAGAUCGUAGCCUAUAUUUUGAGCGGUAUCCUUUAAAGACUCUUUAUGGAAGACAAAGGCUGUUUUUGCCCUAAAACCUGUCAGCAGUAGUCUACUAGAUAUAUGAAACAAGCUGAAUCAUUAUAAUAACACUGGUCAUUUAAAUAACAUCCACUGUGGACACAUUCAGAUGUCAUUACAUGAUUAAUUCAAAUAGAUUUUGAUUAAAUGUUGUCUUUCUUUACUUAAUUAUGGUGUUAUAUUCCUGUUGUGUUGAAUUGUUCUUCAUUUGAACUGUAUUUUAAGUUUAUAUAAGAACAUUAUACUCUCUGUGUGAAAUUUGCUUCGCUGUAUGAAUCAUAAAUGUUUUAUAAUGAAGGCUGUUAAUUCGAUGUAUAACCUGAAUAUGAUCGCCAUUUGUAGCCUCCGCGAUACUUGAUUAUUCUGCUCUGUCACUUUUUGUUCAAAUU